GAGAGAAGGUACGCGGAUCUCCGCACACCCCGGCGGAAGAGGCAGAUUCAGGAAGCCAUUACGCAGCUGGCUGGCAGCGGCUGGGCCAGUCGGGGCUGGGCCCUACGCACUUUGCGUAGCAAGGGGGGUUACCUAAGGCCUGGUGCUUGGCUUUGAGCAAGACCGGCCCAUCCCCUGUAGGGGGGUGGGUGAGGGACGAGGCUGGGGAAGAACAGAAGGGAAAUAGGGGUGAUUGGGAGCAUUAUAAUUUCUUUAAUAAUAGGAGUGAAGAGAGGCUAUGGCUGUCCCAGCCAAGAAGAGGAAGAUGAACUUCUCGGAGCGAGAGGUGGAGAUCAUCGUGGAGGAGCUGGAGCUGAAGAAGCACCUGCUAGUGAACCACUUCAACGCCGGGGUCCCUCUGGCCGCCAAGAGUGCAGCCUGGCACGGCAUCCUGAGAAGGGUCAACGCGGUGGCCACGUGCCGCAGGGAACUGCCCGAGGUCAAGAAGAAGUGGUCGGACCUCAAGACGGAGGUCCGUCGCAAGGUUGCCCAAGUCCGGGCCGCUGUGGAGGGUGGCGAGGCCCCAGGCUCCACCGAGGAAGACGGAGCCGCUGGGCCUGGGACAGGCGGUAGCAGUGGCGGAGGUGGCCCAGCGGUAGCACCCGUCCUGCUGACCCCCAUGCAACAACGCAUCUGCAACCUGCUGGGUGAGGCCACCAUCAUCAGCCUGCCCAGUACCACAGAGAUCCACCCCGUGGCCCUCGGACCCGCGGCCACUGCAGCCGCAGCCACAGUCACCCUGACACAGAUCCCCACAGAGGCCACCUACCACGCACUGGAGGAGGGCGUGGUCGAGUACUGCACCACGGAGGCCCCGCCACCUCUGCCAGCGGAAGCCCCAGUGGAGGUGAUGGCCCAGCAUGGCGACACAUCCGUCAAGCCGCAGGCGCUCAAGAGCCGCAUCGCCCUCAACUCAGCCAAACUGAUCCAGGAGCAGCGGGUCACCAACCUGCACGUGAAGGAGAUCGCACAGCACCUGGAGCAGCAGAACGACCUGCUGCAGAUGAUCCGCCGCUCGCAGGAGGUACAGGCCUGUGCCCAGGAGCGCCAGGCCCAGGCCAUGGAGGGCACCCAGGCAGCCCUGAGCGUGCUUAUCCAGGUCCUCCGACCCAUGAUCAAAGAUUUCCGUCGCUACCUGCAGAGCCAGACGCCCAACCCAACCUCGGCUUCUGACCCUGGGCAGGUGGCCCAGAACGGGCAGCCCGACGGCGUCAUCCAGUGAGGGCAAGGUCCCGGCCUUCUGCUGUGAUUGGAUGAAUCCUCUGUGGCCUCGCCCGCCAUCCAUCGCCGAGACGCCCGCAUCUCCCUGGUGUCCCCAAGUUUGCUGUCUUGCUGCUGGUGCCUUGGCCGCAGGUGAUCCACGGUGACAACGCUUCAGGUCUAUCAACAAGGGGCAGUGCCGCCCGCCUGGGCAGGUCUGUCUAGAAUUGCUCGGCGCCACCACUGUGAUCGCAGGAGACGCCCCCGAAGCCGGCGGGGAGGGGGCCCUGGGCCUCACCCUCUCUGGGGAGGCCUGUGUGCGGUGCCGGCUGCAGGGGGCGGAGGGGGACUGAGCCCGGCUCGAGCUGGGUGGCAGAGCCGUAGCCGGAAGGCAGCCGUCCCUGCCAGCUUGGCACCCCUGCUCUGUGGAGCCUGGUGGCCCCGAAGGAUCUGCGACUUGGUUUGGUUUUUCUCUAGGGAUGGAAAUCUGAGCCAGUAUUGUGUCUGUUUCACUUGGGUGUAAAGAAGCCUGGAUCGCUUAAACGGACUCAUUGUUUCCAGGUCAUAGUUUUAAAUUAAAGAAGUCACUUUUUUGUACACACGUUUCUCUGUGUCGGCAUUGGUUAUAUGGAGAACAGAGUACAGGCAGUGAACUCAGGCUGAAUCUGGCCCACACUUUUUUUUUAUUAUUUUAGCCCCUUCCCCUCCCUUUGUACAGAAGCUUUGAUUCCGCUUUUUCCUUCUAUUUUCACUUUUUUCUUGGCCCUUGAUCCCCCCACCAGGUUGUCACUUUCUCCCCGUUUCCCAACCUCCAUUAUACAUUUCAGCCCUCAGUUCCACUUUCGGUUUCUCA